AUGACAACUUUUCCAUCGAAUCUGCAAUUGAGGGACAGCGAACGAGAAGCGGAAGAGGGUUGCUCGGUCCAAUCUCAAUCCACACAAAUCUCUUCACAAAGUGCAGAAGAAAUCACUGAAACCACCGCUGGACCGUCCGUAGCUGGGAAUCAAUCCGUUCAGCCUUCUCUAUCUCAUCAAAGAAUUACUACACCAACUCCUCCCGAAGCUUCCAUAAACUCACCGCAGUCUCCUCAAGCUCUUUAUCAAACCAAAAAGGAUCUUGAGUUCUUUCAAAGCUACACGCCGACGAAACUUCUUUUGUGUGGAGGCUGCUUUGCGGUUUCUUGUAUUUGUUUUCGAAGGCUCGUUCCUUGCUGCUCAAUGACAAAAGAUGGAUCAACAAAAUGUCAAGGAGCGACCGUUCGAAAGCACCAGUCGGCGGUUCGCUCUAUUUCUGUCGCCGUGAAAGGAAUAGGAGAUGGACUACAGGCAAACUAUGGAAUACGCCCACGUUCAAUGGCUGCCAACCCAUGCCAUUUAAGCGUCAAUGAAACACCAAAAAAGAUCGAAGAUUUCAUUGGACGAAUUGAAGAGAAUCAACUUGUUCAAUUUUCCUCUCGGCCUGGUUUGCCGCUAGAACUUGCAGAUCUUGGUGGAAAAGAUUACGCGUUCGACAUUAUCAACUAUUUUCUUCACAACCAGAUGCCAUGCAAAAAUGCUGCUUCUCACUUUCCUGAGAUUAAACGAGCUCAAAUGAUGGAUUGGAUUUUUUGGAUCUCUCGCGUGGCCGGGCUACCAGAUGAAUCACAUUUUUUGGCAGUACACCUGCUAGAUAAAGCACUAGUUGACAAAAACAUCUCGGAAAUGUCAAGUGUGGAUGUGGGAGUUGUUAUGGUGGAAGUGGUCAAAAUUGCUGGAAAAUUUGAACUCGGUCCUGAAUGUGAAAAUGGAAUGUGGGAUCGUCUUAAGUCGGUUGUUUGCAAUCCUAAACUACAGUGUCAAGAGGACAAAAUUAAUCAAUGGGAAUCUCAGCUUCUGAAAUUUUUUGACUUUGCCAUUUCACGCAAACACUUGUUGCACUUUCUCCAUAUUUUUUGGUUAUUGAUGGGUGAUGUCAUGAGUGAAACCGAGAAAGAAAAUGGAUGGGCGUCACUCUUCACCUGUUUCUUAAUCGUCAUCAACUUCCGGAGGAUAAAUUUCCCAAGUCAUCUUGUGCCUUCUACACGAAGAAAGUCAAUACGUGCCGAUCGACACAAGUCUUUUAAAUUGGGCUUUGUCUUCUCCAACAUACGUUCCAACGAUCACUCGUGCGUU